GCGGGAGGAUGUGAAUCCUGUAGGAUUCAAGCGAAGACGCAGUCAACUAUAUUGGAAUCAAGAAUAAGUAGAGAGCUGCGUGCGCUCCAAACUCAUCAUCUACACCAGGGGAAAGGUGACCUUGAUACCAUUUCUCGACCGAUGGGUAGCCUCAUUGUCUGCCUUUUACCGACUCAUGAUGUUUCUCAGCCGAUCCGUCUUGAUGCUAGUCUGUUUCUUCUCAAUAUGGACGGCCUCAGCUGAAGACAAGGUUAAGAUCAUGCCUCUUGGAGACUCGAUCACCGGCAGCCCCGGUUGCUGGCGGGCUCAAUUGUGGAAGAAGCUUCGGGACAAUAACAUCAAGAAUACCGAUUUUGUCGGAACUUUGCCACCGCAGGGAUGUGGUUUCGACUACGAUGGAGAUAAUGAGGGCCACGGUGGCCUUCUUGCGACAGAUCCUGCUCAAGACGGUAGACUCGAGCGUUGGCUGAUGGACACGAAGCCUGAUAUUGUCAUGCUGCACCUCGGCUCAAACGACGUAUGGAGUACGAAGAAGCCAGAAGAGAUUCUUGGCGCGCUUGACAAGUUGGUUGACCAAAUGCGGGCUAGCAAAGAAAGUAUGAAGAUACUGGUUGCUCAAGUAAUACCUCUGGACCCAGCCGGCUGUCCGACUUGCAUGCGAGGCGUUGAGGAUUUCAACAAAGCCAUACCAGAGUGGACGACCAAGAAAUCAAAUGAGAAGAGUCGUAUUACUGUAGUUGACUGCCACAAGGACUUUGAUGUCAAGGGGAUGACGCGAGAUGGUGUACAUCCUAAUGGCAAGGGUGACGAAAAGCUGGCCAACAGUUGGUAUGAGCCCCUGUUAAAGGUCAUCAAAGAGGGCUAA